AUGAAUCUUGAGGUGGGUCUCAAUAACGUGUUUUACCCUGCAACGGUACUCAGUUUCGCUCCGGACACCAAGCAAGUAGAAAAUAAUUGGCGCUCUGUUGAGUUUGUUUCUUGCGAUAAAUGCCGAAUCGUUGGAACUGCCAGAAAUGAUAGUUUGCAAACUGGAGAAGUAAUUGAAGCGCUGCUAGCUCAAGGUAAUGGUAAAUGUAGUGGAUGGCAGAAAGCUCGUGUUCGAGAAGUCAAGGGAGGGUUUGUACUCAUUGAUGUAAUUGAUGGGCCAAGCAAAUCUGAUGCUGUAUCCUUAGAUGAUUGUAGAGGAUCUCGCACCUCGUACGUCAAAGUGGAUUUGACGAAAUGCAAAACAGAUUCCAUACCUGUGCCUGAAGAUCUUGAUGCUUAUUUUUCUAAUCCUGAUGGACCAGAGCAUUUUGCCGCCAAAGUGAAUGAUAUCCAUGUUAAAUACAAUAAGAACAAAAGAACUCUAACUGUAACGACUUUUGUUGAAAAAGCUCUUAGACGAGCCGUUCUUGUCAGUGAUAUGUACUUCAAAGAUGCUCGAGUAAGGUUAACUUUGAAGCAGAAAGCGGAGGAAGCUCAACGCAUGCUUCAAUCUACCACCAUCACUAACGAUGUCAAAUUUAUUGAAGAGUUCCAAGUGCCAGCCGAACUGAUGGGCCUCGCUAUUGGAUCUCAAGGAUCUAACAUCACAACUGCUAGAAAAAUCGAAGGUGUUGUUGACAUUCAACUAAAUGAGCCUCAUAUCGAAACUAUGCCUAGUGUGUUCAAAGUUUAUGCGGAAACAGCAGAAGCUGCUGCAGCUGCUAGAAAUUUGCUCGAGUAUUGUGUUGAUACCAUUCUGGUUGACCGAGAUAUGGUUGGUAAGGUAAUAGGCAAAUCUGGGAAAACUGUGCAGAGCAUUGUUGACAAAUCUGGAGUAGUUAGAGUUCAAAUCUCUGGAGGAGAUGAAACUCCCGGACAGGAAGAAAAAGUUGACCCGGUUCCGUUUACUUUUACUGGUACUAGAGAAGCUAUAGAUAAUGCCAUGUUUUUGGUUGAUUUCCAUAUUCGUCACUUACGAGAUGUGGAGUGUUUGCGAAACGAUGUUGACGAUUUGCAGAGACAAGCAUACAGUCGAAGCUCACCUCCGAAUGGAAGGUUUGAAAAAUCUUAUCCAGCGGAGAGGGGGUCGUCUUCAUCCACAUCUUUCCCUCCCCGAAGACGCGGUGGACGUGGCGCCGGCAGAUACCCUGACGGAGAUCGAAGAGUUUCUGAUCGUGGCGAUAAUGAAGUUGAACCUAUCCCUCCCAGAGAAUCCACUAGAGGUAGAGGACGUGGUCGUGGAUCAGCGAGAGGAAUGACACGACGUGGUGGAUAUGGUUAUUCCAAUGGAAACUGA